AUGGAAUGGCUGCUAGCGAACCCGCAGAUCAACAGCACCUUCGGUUCGCUGGGCACGUUCGAGGACGAUGUGUACCACGUCAGCGAGGACUGUCUGGUAACGCUGGAGGAGAUCAUCUGUAAGCUGGCGGUGGAGGAUGCGACCCUGCGAACAUUUCGCCGGGCGAUUGGGUUCGGGCAGAACGUUAAGAACGACAUCGUGCCACUGCUGGUGAACGCGAAGGAUGUGAAGAUCAUCGACACGACGAUCCGGUUGCUGGUGAAUCUGACCGUGCCGGUCGAAUGUUUGCUACCGGUAGACCUUGUGUCGAAGUCGGAGAUCGGCCGGCACACGAUCUUCGAGCUGAACAAGCUGCUCAUCACCAGCAAGGAAGCGUUCGUCGACUGGAAGACCACCAAGGCGGUGAUCGACCACAUGAAGGGUAUACUCGAGCGGGACACGAAGCUAUCGAUCCAGCAGUGCGACAGCGUUAACAACUGUCUGCUGUUGCUGCGCAACAUCCUGCACGUGCCGGAGAUGGGCACGGGCGUGGGUACGCAUGCGGGCAGCUUCCCGACCGCCGGUCAUAACACCUCCUUCCAGAACCAAAUCAUCUGGAACCUGUUCACGCAGAGCAUCGACAAGCUGCUGAUCUACCUGAUGUCCUGUCCGCAGCGUGCCUACUGGGGCGUCACGAUGGCGCAGCUGGUAGCGCUGAUGUACAAGGACCAGCACAUCAGCACACUGCAGAAGCUGCUGAAUCUCUGGUUCGAGUCGACGCUGUCGGAGAGCUCGGAGGACAACGAGAGUAACACGUCGCCGCCGAAGCAGUGCAGCGGAGACUCCAGUCCAAUGCUUACGUCCGACCCAACGUCUGACUCGUCCGACAAUGGCAGUGGCAAAAUGCCAUCGUCCAUGAGCAAGGAAUGUUCGUCCGAGGCGCCGCAGGUCACGCGCAUGGUUGCCGACUACCCGACCCAGAUCAUACUCUCGCGGGCGAUCAAAUCCCACCAGAUGUACCACCAAACGCUGAAGGCGAACGCGACGGACGGGUGUAUCUUGGGCGGGACGACCUGCGGAAGCUGCUGCAAUGGUGGUGGUGGUGGUGGUGGUUGUGGCGCGAGUGGCAAACCCUCCUGCAAUGUUGCUGGCAUGCACCAUCAGCAACAGCAGCUGUGUGAUCACCAGAAGACACCCGCCUGUGCUUCCGAUGGGCAGGAAGUUAGCCGAAACUUUACCAAAAAGUCCAAAGGUGGCUCCAAGGUUUUUGAGUCGUCGGGCAGCAGCGGUUCGUCGGGCAUCUUUUGCAAACAGACGGUGGCGGCCGCGGUCGCAUCGGUCAAAGAUCAAGCAAUGAAGGAGUGCAGUAAGCCCCAUAAUGGGUCACAGUCGUGUCAGCAGCAACAGCAGCAGCAGCAGCAACAACAACCGCAACAAUUGCAAUCACCUCCAAAGUCACCAACAUCACCAUCCCAACAGCAACAGCAGUCACAGACGCAGCAACAGCAAUCGCAACAAACGCAAAAACAAAUACAAGUGUCGCUGUCGGAGAACUCUGACUGUGGUUAUGGUACGCAGGUGGAGAAAGAGUCCAUCUCCACCUCGAGCAACGAGGACGACAGUCCGCACCAGAAACCGAUCCAUCAGAAACCACCCUCCAACCAGAAGCAACGUUUCAAUGCGGCCAACAAGCAGCGCAAUCCCGUGUCGGUGCAGGAGAAGAAAGAAUUGCGUCGGAAGAAGCUGGUAAAGCGGGGCAAGAGCAACAUCAUCAACAUGAAGGGUCUCAUGCAUCACGUCCCCACCGACGACGAUAUAUCGCACAUCCUGAAAGAGUUUACGGUUGACUUUCUGCUGAAAGGAUACGGUUAUCUGGUGCAUGAGCUGCACACGCAAUUACUGUCGGAUCUGCAAGUGCAAAUCGACACGUCACAUUUUUUCUGGCUGGUUACGUACUUUCUGAAGUUUGCCACCCAGCUCGAGCUAGACCUGGAGCACAUCAACAGCGUCCUGUCGUUCGACAUCAUAAGCUACCUUACGUACGAGGGUGUGAUGCUGUGCGAGCAGCUGGAGCAGCUUAGCAGAGCUACCGAAACAGACAUAAAGCCUUGUUUGCGAAGAAUUCAUCUGGUUGUAACGGCGAUUAGAGAAUUUCUGCAAGCACUUGAUACGUACAAGAAGAGUACACAUCUGACAAAGGAGGACAAAGAGAAGCUUAAGCUGCUGCAGAUUCAGAUCAGCUGCACGGAGGAUUUGCGAUGCCUGUUUGUGUUGUUGCUUCGGUGCUACAACCCAAACAUUCAAAGCCGCCAGUACCUGCAGGAUUUAAUCGUGACCAACCAUACGCUCCUGCUGCUGCUCGACGGUGUACGAGAACUGACCGCGGAUGGCGUACCGGGCGACAUGCUGGGCCACAUCAAACAGUUCGCAACGGUGGAGAUAAUGCAUCAGUACGGGUUGCUGCUGGAAGACUUCCGCGAGAACGGGGCAUUCGUGAACGAUUGCAUCUUCACGAUGAUGCACCACGUGGGCGGCGAUUUGGGUCAGAUCAAUGUGCUGUUUCAACCGAGCAUCCUGAAAACGUACUCACAGAUAUGGGAAACGGAGUACGAGCUGUGUGACGAUUGGUCCGAUUUGAUUGAGUACGUCAUCCACAAGUUCAUCAACACACCGCAACCGGCACCAUUGACACUGUCGACAACACUGCCGGAGAUCAGUACGCAGCUGCUAUCGAGCAAUUUGCUCGUUACCUGGACACAGGAGGAAAAGGACUCGCUGCACUGGUACUAUGUGCAGUGCCGUCAGAGCAAGUGCGUCGUGGCGGACAUUUUGAAGCUGUUCCAGGAAAAUGGUAACCAGCAGAAGACGCGCCUGUCCAUCAUCGAGCAACUGCUCGAGCAGAACAUCAUCACGCUCAUCCAGUACGACGAUCUGAUGAAGGUGGAAAAUCCGGACUACGAGCGUAAUGUGCAGACACCGGCCCUAUCGGUCGCAUCGGCCGACUCACCCAAGCCGGAGGACGGUGACUCGAAGUCAUCAUCCAAGGCGGUGGACGACAUACAGGUGUUGCGCGACCGGCUCCAGAAGGAAAACCGUGGCAAACUGAUCGCCUGGCUGCAGAAGAGUUUGCUCGACUGUUGCUUCGUCAAGUUGAAUCUGCUGAGUGGCAACGUGUACGUGACGGCAGGCAUUGGUGGCAAUAUGGGUGUGGUCGUGAUGGAGCCAGUGUCGUACCAUUGCAUCUUGAAAAAGAAAUCCAUCCCGGUGGUACCAUGGAAUCAGGACCAGUUUGCGAUACUGUCCUACCAACCGUUCAUACUGCUGCUUCACAAGCUCGGCUUCCAUCUGCCGGCCGAUGCGAAGAAAAUGUUUGUGCGGAUUCCCGAAUUCUGGACGGCGGACAUCCUGUACAACAUCGCGCUCAAACUCGGUCCGCUGGAUAAAUCGAUUCUUAAGUUCGAUCUCAAGUACCUCAACAAGGUUCUUUCGAUGGAGAAACAAGCUAAGGCCGACCCUUGCCCGCCGAACGAUGCUCGGUUAGAGAACUUUGGAUUAUCAAGAUUCAGCCCUCAAAUCACAACUAACUGGCUCGAUGUAGUGAUGCGCAGUAAGACUGUGCAGAGCAAGCGUAAACUGGAUCUGCCCGGUCCGUCAAAGGUUAUCGAGACGGCCAACGCUACCCACCCGAGUGCGACGCUGAAGACGGGCGGAAAGCCACCGGUACAGACGAAAAUGCUGCACGACCUUUCGAUCAUUGUCGAAUCGAACGAUGACGACGAUGACGAGCUGCCGGCGGACGAGGACGAUGGGCUGGACAGCUCCGAGGUGCCGGUGCUGGAGGAGCACGAUGUCGUCAGUGCCUGUGAGACCGCUUCUGUCGCGUCGGAUCUGACCCGCAUGUACGUAAGCGACGAAGACGACAAGCACGACAUUGUGCCACCGAUUUUGUAA